AUGGGAGGGCGAUACACACCCCCAGACUGCCGGCCAAGAUGGAAGGUUGCCAUCAUCAUCCCGUUCCGUCACAGAGAAAAUCACCUGAAGUACUGGCUCCACUACCUCCACCCAAUCCUAAGACGGCAGAAGAUUGACUACGGCAUCUACAUCAUCAACCAGCUGGGUGAGGACACAUUCAAUCGUGCCAAGUUGUUGAACGUUGGCUACACUGAAGCUCUGAAGGACGCGGAGUACGACUGCUUCAUCUUCAGCGACGUGGAUCUGAUCCCCAUGGAUGACCGUAACCUCUACCACUGUUACGACCAGCCCAGACAUUUCGCCAUCGCCAUGGAUAAGUUUGGCUUCCGGCUGCCGUAUGCGGGCUACUUUGGUGGAGUUUCAGGCCUCAGUAAAAAACAGUUUCUGAAGAUCAACGGCUUUCCAAACGAGUAUUGGGGCUGGGGAGGUGAGGACGACGACAUUUACAACAGGAUCACUCUAAAUGGAAUGAAGGUGUCCAGACCAGACGUUCGUAUCGGCCGCUACAGAAUGAUUAAGCACGAGAGAGACAAACACAACGAGCCCAAUCCACAGAGAUUCAACAAAAUUCAGAACACAAAGAACACGAUGAGGAAGGAUGGCAUCAGCUCUCUGACUUACAGACUGGUGGAGGUCAAGAAGUAUCCCCUGUACACAAACAUCUCUGUGGAGAUCGGAAAGCCACCGCCUCGGCCCUUCAAAGGCUAG